AUGCCGAUGCCGAGAAUGAAGAAGCAAAACGUCCGGACCUUAUCGCUCAUCCUCUGCAUGUUCUCCUACUUGCUGGUGGGCGCCGCGGUGUUUGACGCGCUGGAGUCCGAGUCGGAGAGCUCCCGCAGACGCAUCUUGGAGCAGAAGCGCAACGAAAUGAAGAAGAAGUACCGUUUCUCUGAGGACGACUACCGUGAAAUCGAAAGAGUAGUGCUGCAAGCUGAGCCCCAUCGCGCCGGGAGGCAGUGGAAAUUUGCGGGCUCUUUUUACUUUGCCAUAACAGUAAUCACUACCAUUGGUUAUGGACAUGCAGCCCCUGGAACAGAUGCUGGAAAGAUCUUCUGUAUGUUCUAUGCUGUACUUGGCAUUCCCCUCACUUUGGUAAUGUUCCAAAGCCUGGGAGAAAGGAUGAACACAUUUGUCCGCUAUCUCUUACAUAAAGUGAAACAAUGCCUGGGUUUUCGACGCACUGAGGUGUCCAUGGAGAACAUGGUCCUGGUGGGCUUUUUGUCCUGCAUUGGAACACUGUGUGUGGGUGCUGCAGCCUUUUCCCACUUUGAGGGAUGGAGCUUCUUUCACGCUUACUACUACUGCUUUAUCACACUCACCACUAUUGGCUUUGGGGACUUUGUGGCCUUGCAGAAAAAAGAAGACCUCCAGGAGAAAACACCCUAUGUUGCUUUCAGCUUUAUGUACAUUUUGGUGGGGUUAACUGUUAUUGGGGCAUUUCUGAAUUUAGUGGUGCUUCGUUUCCUCACCAUGAACACUGAGGAUGAGCGUCGAGAUGCACAAGAAAGGGCUUCAAUGAAGAGGGACAAAGGCCUUUUGGAUGGGACCCUGGGCCUUGGUGUUUUAGGGGAACAGAGCAGAGAUAGCCACGGUGAGAGGAACAGGGGCAAUAUGGUGCACAGCCAUAGUCACAGUACACUCUUCCUCCCGAUGGAGGAAGGAACAAGUCGCACCAACCUCAUCUCUUCCCCGGUGGAUCAGGAGAGACGAAAAAGCCCCUGCAGGCACAGGUUGCAUUUCCAGAUAAAGGCAGGCAGACACAGACAGGAGUCAAGCCUCAGCUCCCUCUGCUCCUGUGUGUGCUACCGCUUAGAGAUUUGUGAUAGCCCUCUUAUGUCCCACAGUGAACACCGUGGCUGCCACAUUAAUUCUGUGUAUUACAACUCAGUGUCCUAUAGGAUUCAGGGCUGCUCACCAAGUUCCAGGGACAACACUGGACUAACUUCACCAGGAAGCAGGCUAUCACCAGGGCAUAGUUUCCAGGAGUUCCCGCAUUUACGGAGAAAGUCAGUGUAA